AUGUUCAAGCCAGUCCAGUUUUCUCAUAACGUAUCAGCAGCAAGUUCAGAUUCAGAAGUAGAGCCCUUGGAAACCCGUCGAAGGGAAGGCAAUGACGAGGAAAAGCACGUUCGUUUAGACGUUGAGUCGAGCUCUGGUGAGCCUGUUUGCCCCAAAGAUGAUGAUUAUGACCUUCCAAUGUUCCAGAAACGGCCACUUAGCGAUACACCAGUGGGAUCAUAUUGGAAUUCGCCAAACGAGUCGGGUGAUAACUCUUGCGACUCGACGCCCGUACCUUCGCCCCACAACAGCUCCAGUAAUCUGCAAGAGCUUCACGAGACAGCAAAGGAAAACAGUGACGCCACUUCGCCAACUAACACACACUUCAUACACCCUAAAGUAAGACCCACCACGAUCGAUGUGCCGGGACUAACCAAAUCGCGGACGUCGCCAGACGGCACGAUUUCAAGCAAAGACCCGGGAUCCAAACUCGUGAUUGUCAUGGUGGGGCUUCCAGCCACCGGAAAGUCAUUCAUCACCAACAAACUGUCGCGCUUCUUGAACUAUUCCAUGUACUACUGUAAGGUUUUCAACGUGGGCAACACCCGUCGUCAGUUUGCAAAGGACCACAAUUUGCAGGACCAAGACUCCCAUUUUUUUGACCCUAACAAUCCAGAGAGUAAAGCACUGCGAGAAAAAUGGGCUAUGGACACGUUGGACCAACUUUUGGACUAUCUACUAGACGGGCCAGGGUCCGUGGGUAUAUUCGAUGCCACUAAUUCGACAAAAAGCCGCCGCAAGAAGGUUUUAGAGAAAAUUCAUUCUCGCAAUAACCAGAUAAAGGUCCUGUUUCUGGAGAGCGUAUGUUCUGACAAAGCUACUGUUGAGAAAAAUAUCAAACUAAAGCUAUUCGGACCCGAUUACAAGGGCAAGGACCCACAAACCUCCCUUCAUGAUUUCAAAGAAAGGCUUUCAAACUACAUGCGGGCCUAUGAACAAGUCGAGGACGACGAAAACCUGCAGUACAUCAAGAUGAUUGAUGUUGGAAAGAAAGUCAUCUCUUAUAACAUUCAAGGGUUUUUGGCUUCUCAAACAGUAUACUACCUCUUGAAUUUCAAUCUGGCCGAAAGACAAAUUUGGAUUACAAGAAAUGGUGAGAGCGAGUACAACGUUCAGGGUAAAAUAGGCGGGGAUUCAGAUCUGACACCUCGCGGAAGGCGAUACGCUAAAGCUUUGGCCCGUUUUAUCGACGAACAGCGUGCAAUUUUUACUGAGAAUGAAAUGAAAGCUUACCUCGAAGAUCACGAAGAAGCGAGGAACUUCAGCGCCACGGAAUUUUUCGUCUGGACAUCCAUGCUGCGUAGAGCAAUUGAAUCUGGCGACUAUUUCAAUGAAGAUGAAUAUCCGAAUAAGCAAAUGAGAAUGUUAGAUGAGCUCAGCGCUGGAGAUUGCGAAGGAUUGACAUAUGCUGCAAUUCAAGCCAAGCACCCAGAGGAAUUCGAAGAAAGACUCAACGACAAACUGAGGUACAGGUACCCAGGGAUUGGAGGUGAGUCAUACAUGGACGUUAUCAAUCGUCUGAGGCCCGUCAUCACAGAAAUCGAGAGAAUUAAAGAAAAUGUUUUGUUAAUCACACAUCGUGUUGUGGCACGCGUUCUGUUGGGCUACUUUUUGAAUCUCAAUCGAGACAUUAUUGCUAACCUCGACGUCCCACUUCAUUGUGUUUACUGUUUGGAGCCGAAGCCAUAUGGAGUUACAUGGUCUCUUUAUGAGUACGACGAGGUCAGGGACACCUUUUUCAAAGUUCCUCAGGACGAGCUCAACACAAUGAAAGUCAAAGAAAUUGGGCUGGUGCACACAGAAAGACGGUACUCUAUAGUGCCUACUGCGCCUCCCAGCGUUGCCAACACUAAGGGUGAAUUUAUGACCAGCAACACAAGCGCUACUAACUUGACCAAAAAUAAUCUCUCGAACCCAAGCAGUUCAGUUCCGAGAUUUCCAACAGUCGGUGGGGGCAUGUCCAUCGCAAGACCGAGUUUAAGACCUCAAACGUCCCAUCAUGCUAGCCAUAGCAGAUUAGCAAGAGAAAAUGUCAGCACUAGGGUCGAGGAGGGAAAUCGCUCCAUAUCCACUCCGCCUUUGGUUGGUGGGCGUCAACCUAUUGAGAUUAACAAAUUGAACGAAAAACUGGCUCGUUUGGGAAUCUCAGAGCCUCAAAGAAGCCCCGCAUCAAGGCCUGUACAAAUGAGUAGAAGUCAAAGCGAGUUUUGA